UUCAUUCCUGUCACAUUCAUGCUUGGAUUUUACGUUUCGGUGGUUUAUGGUCGUUGGUGGCAAGUUUUCGACAACAUGGGCUGGAUUGAUCAGCCUUCCCUACAAAUUACACAAUCUAUACGAGGCAGAGAUGAACGCUCUAAAAUCCUACGACGUAACGUCAUUCGUUAUAUGAUCUUGAUGGAAGCUAUGAUCUUUCGAGAUAUUUCUUCGCUGAUUCGUAAACGAUUUCCUACAUUACAGCAUUUAGUGGCAUCAGGUUUGAUGACUGAGCACGAAUUGGAGAUGUUUGAAGCAGUGAAAUCACCACACUCGAAGUACUGGCUUCCUAUCCAAUGGCUUUAUUCGUUGAUAACUCUGGCAAAAGAUGAAGGCCGAAUCCAAGGAGAAUAUAUUUAUGUUGCAUUGAUUGAUAGGAUUGCCAUUUUCCGUGCAAAGCUCAUCAAUUUAGUACUAUACGACUGGGUUUGCAUACCUCUCGUUUACACACAGGUUGUUCAUCUUGCUGUCUACAGCUUUUUCUUCACCAUGUUAUUCGCUCGACAAUAUCUAGAAAGAGAGGGAGUGAAGAAAUCUGCAAAUCAUUUAUCAAAGAGAUUGCAGAUCGACUUAUACGUUCCCAUACUGUCCAUAUUACAAUUUAUUUUCCUUUUGGGAUGGCUAAAGGUCGCACAAGUGUUGCUCAAUGGCCUCGGGGAAGACGACGACGAUUUCGAGAUAAAUUGGGUCAUCGACCGAAACUUCCAGGUCGGUAUAUCUGUGGAGGAAUGCUACGACCAAUAUCCGCCAAUCAUACGAGACGUAUUCUGGGACACCCCUGAUCCUGAACCACUUUACACUGUCGAAAGCGCAAAGCGUCCCAUAAAUCCGCAAGUUGGAAGCUGCGUCAACAUUGUCUUCCAGGAAAAUCCCCAAAAAUUCGUCAUUCAUGGUUCGUCCAAGAAGGUCUACUUUGGCUGGAUCAACGCUAUCAGUCUGGGACGGACAAAUAGAUACGAAUUAUGUAAAAGUUAA